GGCAGAGUUAGAAAAAUCGCAGUAUAGAUCGAGACUUGAUUCGAGAGGGCAUGGCGUGUGAUAGCGUGCGUGCCGCCUCUCCUCAACGUGUUGCAUUGCUUGUUGAUGUUCGGUUGAGUAAUGUUUGUUUUGAUUGAUGCGGGACGAUUGUGUUGACUAAAGAUUGGUGAUUGUGAUUAGGAAUAAAUGCAGUGAAUGAUACGUGAUGUCAUGUCAGCUUGAAUGUUGAGUGUACUGUAUUUUGUCGUAUGUCAUUGAGUUUUAAUUAACCAUAAAUAUGGGGGAGACGAAUGACAUUGGUUCAGUGAUUAUGGAUGAGAUAGCUCUUGAGGGAUUAGAUGGGAUUACAAUUGAAGGUUUAUUUGUUAGAUUAAAAGAUAGGCCUGAGUUUGCUACUUCAUUGAAUGAUGCAUUCAAACAAUAUAUUUGGGAAAUUAUUUGUAACUUUACUGAAAUAGACAUGUUUGAAUUACCUGUGCCAAGAAAACCAUUGGUUGUAUUUAAUCGUUAUGACUAUGUUGAUCCGGAAUUAGGAAUGAUUCAAGAACCGGAAAUUCUACCAGAAGAGUUGUAUCCUCAUGUACCUGUUGAUGACAAAAAAAAAGGAAUUAGGGGAUCAUGUGCUCUAUAUAAUGAAAGAGUAUCUGUUUAUCAGAUGGCAAGUCAACUUAGCUUAGAAGAAGCUGUAGAAAGGUGGGGAACAAAACUUGUCAUCGUUGCUUCUCAACAAAUGCGUAACCUUGCCUUGAUGGGAUCCUCAGUUGAUCCAGAACUCGAGUUAACAAUACUACAAUAUUGCAUUUUGGAACGUGUGGGUCGCUCACGUCACUUAGGUGAGGUAACUCAGGGCCGGGUGAGUUUGCAGAUAACUGGAGAAGAUCCUAAGGCCCUUUUCUACCAUAGGAAGUAUCUCAUGAAACAUGGAUUGAUUGUGAAACAGAUUCAUCAUCAAAAAUCUGGUUCCCAGAAUUGCAGUGGUAGUUUACUUCAUUUGCCUAGAUUUUACGUAGAACGUUGGCCUAAAGUUCUUUUUCUUACCAAGCGUGUUAUUGAGAUUCUACGAGAAUGCAAGAAUUACAUUGCAGAUUAUGAUGAAAUACGUAAGAAACUAGGUCUUAUGAAUUCUCUGAAAAAGCUCUUCCAAACAGCAUACUUCCAGCGUUUUGUACGCACUGAUUUGAAACUCCCUUAUAGACAUCUCUAUCCUGAUGCCAAAGAAAGUGAAUGGCGAUCCCUGAACAAUAUGAAGGAAAAAAUGAUUCGUGUGAUCCAGUUGUUAGAUCCUAAUGCAGAUGUGGAUAUUAUGUCUGCUCGAGAAGAUGAAUUUGAUAUUGAUGAUGAAGAACAUAGUGAAGCAACAAGUUCUCGGGCAGAAUUCAAUGUAACAUUAAAUAGAAGCUUUUUAUCUCAAGCAUAUCAAGUAGUAGAAGGGGCUGGAGUCAAUGGUUAUAGUCAAAUGGAAUUAGUUGAGAAGAUGGGAUUACCAAAAUUGAGUGCAAGAACUGUAAGUCGUAAUCUCCUGAAGAGAGGUGUUGCAUCUACAUUUAUGAAUGAUGUCGGAAGGCAACGAGUCUCUAGAUUUCGUGCUCGUAAGUGGGAUCAACAGUGUACACGUAUACAGAAUAUUGAAAGAGAUAUAGAGCAUAUGCGUGCAGAAUUACUGAGCAAGGCACUUGGGGCUGGCCAUGAAGUCCCUAGUACAUCUCUUGGUAAUGCUACAAUUAAGUCAAUAAUUAAUCAGAAAGGCAGAAAACGAACAGCUGAUGUCUCUGUUGAUGACUUGAAGCUGGAAACUGAAGCAUUACCAGUGAAACGGACUUCAGAUGAAACUAGCCCUCAGAAAGAUUCAAUUACUGACAAAACUGCAGUUGUUGAGUCUGCAGGGACAGAAGUUGGUGAGCAUAACCAGAGUGUAGCUACAACAGUCUCAGCAUAUUCUUCAAGGCCUUUAUAUUGUUCUGUGGCAAAUUUCCACUCGAAGGAAGCAAUGAGAAAGCCUCUGCAGCAUCAAACAAAAGAUGGACCUGUUAUGACUUAUCGGAUCUUUAAACGGAUAAAUAUGAUUUUGGAAUAUGUUAAAAUCCACAAAGUAGUAGAUGACCAUUCCAAGUUUCUGAAGCUAAUUAAUGAAGAGGAGGAGAGGGAAGGUCUGACAGUAAAAAUAGAUAAGAAAUCAUUACUGCGAUUACUUAUUCGAUUAAAAGAAGAUGGUUGUUUGAAACUCCACUCUUAUUUGUUGACUGAUGGUGUCAAAGUUAAGACUAUGAUAUUUAUAUGUGAUAAUAAUGUUGCAUUAGAUCAUCCUGCCAUUAUCUCUGCUAUAGAACAGGCCAAGAUGAAGCUUUUUAUUGUGAAUCGAGAUAGUAUAAAUUUAGCUGUUGCUAGCUCCCCAAUCAAAGGAAUACAAUCCCAAAGAGCACUAAACAAAAAACAGAAGGUGACUUUCCUAUAUGAUAAAAAAAUUGGAAGAAAAUAUGGAUUUUGCCCAAAAUUUGUACGUAUGCGUACUUUACAUCAGUUUUUAUUCUAUCUUGUCUAUGGCUAUGAAGGUAAUAGUGAUUUGGACCAAAAUUUAGUUAUUCCUUUCCUUGAAUCAAAAGACGUUAUGGUGGAUGAUAGCUUGCGUUCUGAGUUAACGCAAGUGUACUUUCUUGACAUUCAUUGGAAAAUGUUCAUCCCUCCUCUUCCAGCUUAUUCUGGUGGGCCCAAGGGAUGGAGCAUCAUGUGCGAUAUCCUCCUACGACUUCCAUUAUCUUUAUUUGUGCGAAUAUUCAAUGUUUGCUAUGUGGUGACUGACCUGAAUGAAUACUUGCAACAUCCAGUUCGUCGUCAUUUCCUGGUUCGCCAAUUACCUGUUGCUAUGCAGAAUGGUCUUAUGGCAUUUCGAAAAUAUAUAUUUAGUAUCCAUGAAGUUUUGCAGCGAUUGUGUUACAUUGGCUUACUACAGUUUGGACCUCAGCGGCUUAAGGAGAAAGAUCAGGUGCUAAUAUACGUGAAUCAAAGAACCAGCUUACUUGAUACUGUUAAUUCAAAGCCUGGCUAUCACCAGAUAUCAGAAGAAGAAUAUCCUGAAAUAAAAUACGAAUUUAAAUCAAUGCAGGAUGUGGAAACAUACUGGUACAAUCUUUGGAAUAUCUGCAUUAACACCCAAUUGGGUAAAGACAUUGUUUUGGAGCAUUUGCCUUUCAAGCCUGCAAUGCUAGAAGCUUUGCAGCCUGUGAGACCUAGUCGAGCUCCUGGGAGGGAUACUGGUGAAGUACCUGGAGAUCGGAGAGGUGCUGCUGGUCUCGACUCUGCCAUUUUUGCUCAUCUCAAAAGAAAUUGGAAUUGGGCCAACAUAUCUACUAAAAUUGAAGAGCUCCCAAAGAAAGUGGACAGAAGAAAAUACCGAAUCAUGAAUUUGAAAGCAGCUCCAGUUGUUUUCAACAAAUCUGCUAUUAUUGUGAAACGCAGCAUAAAUUACUUGCAAAAGGGCCGCUUUACUGCUUUGCGGUCUGAACGCCGAACUAUUCCUCCAGCUGGGGCUGAAGUUCUUCUUAAAAAGAAGCCAAAAACCAAACCAAAUGUUGUGCGUCGAAUUGAAGCUCGCAAAUCACGUGUUCCACACAAACCUUUCUAUGAUGAGGUUGACUUAAAGGCUCUGCAUUUGAUGAGCAAGUUACGAGUGGAGUGGUCUACAGAAGAAGAUACACUAUUACUGCUAUGUAAAGUAGCCAGUAUGUAUUUGUGUCCUAAUCCACGACAGCAGACUAUAGCUUUGAGUUCUGUUCGAGACAUUCUUCAUUCUUGCAUUCCUGAAGCUCAGAACAAGACCUCCCGAGCUUGCCAACGCCGUGUUUUGUACAUGUUGAAGAAUUUAGCUACUUCAAAUAAUCUUGCUAUGCAUCUAGAAGAGCUGAAACAAGAUGAAGAUAUUUGUGAGAGAUUUGGUAGACCUGAGGACAAUGCUCGUGGUAAUCAUGAAAGUGCUGAAGAGUAUGAGAGACGUAUCCAUGAAAAAUUUCGCCUCUUAGUGAGUGAACUUCAAGGGAGAUCUCAUAGGAUGGUCACAGCUUCUGAAACAUAUUCUAGCACCAUUCCAGAUACAGCAGAAGAUUUUUGGACUUUAUUUGAUGUGGUGGAGCCAAGAACAGUCAUUAAAAGGAAAGGAGCUUUUCAAGAUGUUAAAAAUGUUGUAGAUAUCCAUUGUUCUGUUGUCAACACUAUUAUACACAGUUCCUUGUGUAGCACACCGGACAAAACAUCUUGGGCCUAUCAACUGUUCCGAGUUUAUCAGCAGUAUCCUGAUAGUCUCCUUCGUGCAGCCAUGGCCAAACUUAGGCAAGAUCAGAUGGUCUCUUUGAAGAAAUCAUAUGCUCGCUACAAACAGAAAGGAAAUUAUUUACCUGUGUCAUCAUCUCCUUAUCAGCUGUCUGUUUCGUACUUGCAGUUGAUUCAGACCAAAUACCAAUAUGGUGUUUUCCAUGAGUCUUAUGAAAUGAUCACAUUGUCUGUUGAUAUACCUGACCAAGUCAUUAUUCUCGAUCCGUGGAUCUCAGAGAGAGAUGAGACAUACACAAGAAUUGUAGAGCGUUACAAGGAUAUUCUCCAAACAUGCAGAACUGGUCGUGAUUCAACUACUUCUGCAUUGUUUCGCAUGAGCCUUGGCAAUGUGAAUGAUUAUGAUGAUCUCUGUGAGCCAGUUGAAAACCUGAGUGACAACUAUACUGAAGAAAUGCAGGAUACAAGUUUGGAGAAGAAUGUACACCAAAAAGGAAAUGAAAAUUAUGAUGAUAAUGAUUCUAAAGAUUUUAAUGUAAAAAACCAAUCAUUACAAAGUAAUGAGUUGCCAUUGAAUGUGAAAGACUGUUUUAUUGAAAACAAAAAUGCAGAAAAAGAAGAUAGUAUUAAUUCACCAAAUAAGGCUAAUAUUCAAAUAACAGAAUCCUUGAAAAUUACAGCUCACAUUCUAAAAAACACAGCAAUUACUGAUGAGAAAAAAGUUGAAUCUGUGGAAAGUAAUUCCAAGCUUCCAUUAGUAGUUAGUGGAAGUGUUAACAAACUGGAAAACGUAUCUCCAUUUAACACAACAGAGCCUACUCAUGAGCAAGAUUCAUCUUCUCUUCAUUAUGAUGCUUUGUCAGAUUCUGCACAGGAGAAAACGUGUGAUAAAACAAAUGACUCCUCUUUAGAAAAUAAUUCUGAUCCAUUGAAUGAGAGUAAUUCUACAAAAAAUGUUUCAUCUUGUACUCCAAUUCCAAAGCCUGUAUGUUGUGAAGAGGAAGAAUUUCAAAAAGAGAUGCACACUGACAGAGUUAUUUUAGCACAAUCAGAAAAAGUUUCUGAAAAAUUAGACACUACACAUGAAAUUAAAGGAACUACAUUGAACAAUUCAAGUGAUUGUGUAACACAAGCAGCUACAUUGAAACAUUCAAGUAAUAUUUCUGAUUCAUUAGCCCCAUUGGUGUCUGAGAAUGAAGCAAAAUCUAAAGCAAAAGAAGAAGAAAAUCAUACUGAUAAGAAAAAUUCUGGAGAGGCAGAAAGUACUUCAAAGUUAGAAAAGAACGUGAACCGAAAGUGGAGUCGGCUUGAUUUUGAUUGGACUCCAGAUAAAGAAUGGGAUAUUGAUUUUGACGUUUCAGAAAGAGCAGGAGAAGAGCCUGAUGAAGCAGAUGGUGCAGACGAUGAUAGGAUUAGAGGAGAUUACAUUAACAUGGAAGGUAACUCUGAAGAAGGGGAUGGAGCCCCUCAUAGCAACCAGCAAACAUUGGUUGCUCGUGCUGCUACCCGCAUUGCUCUUUUUAUGAUGAAAGAGGAAAUGGAUGAUUCCAAUCAGGUUAAAAAUAACCAACAUGCCCAUGACUUCUUUGUAGUAAACUCGUGUUCAGUUUUUUGCCAUAUAAAUAAAAAUAAAUGUGUGUGUACCAAUGAUUUGGCUGAGCCACAUUGUAAGCAACAUGAUAAAUGUAACUCAAAGAUUUUCCCUUUAACUCAAAAGGAAAUUGAUGAAAUUCUCAAUACCAUCAAAAGUCAAGCAAUUGUGUAUCUUCAAGAACCUGCUGUGGAGAAAUGUUUUGAAUGUGCCCCAGUAGAUUUUCAGCCCAUUUUGCAAGAAGUAAUUGACUUUGUGGAAAGCAAGAAACAUUUAGGUGUAACCCUUCCACAAAUCCAGGCAUUUUAUGAAAUUAGAGAAACUGGGACUGUAAAGUUGGCUGAAGUUCUUUCUCUGUUGGUACAUCACAGAGUAUUGAUUCGUGCUGGUGUAACUAUUCUCCGAUAUGUGCAUCGGCGCCACGUGUGGCCUUGGUUAGCUCAUACAUUUAAAUUUUUACGCCUAGAACGUGAAAAAGUUGUACCUAGUGGCUCAAGAAUCAUAUCUUGUUCUGAAGAUAAUGAUAAUACUAGUAAGAAUAUUGAAAAUCAAGAUGUUGGUAUGGAUACAGAAGAAACAUCCAAAGAAGUUUCAGACAAGAUUUGUGAACAAGAAGUUACUCAAAAUCAGCUGAAUACUGACACUUUGAUUUCUGAGUCUUAUGAAAACCUAAAAAACAUUCAUUCACAAACAGAGAAUGUCAGUGUCACAAGUAACAGCGAUAUGAUUACUAGUGUGAAAGAAUCUAUUGAAAUAACUGAGAACAGAAAUGAGAAGGCUACAGAUUCGUCAUCUGCGGAUUGUCAAAUAAAACCAACUGACAGUGUAACUCCAGAUAAUGUGGAAAAAAGUGACCUUGAUUCUGCAGGCAAGAAGGGAUCAAACCGUAAAUCAAAAGCAGCAGCAAGUCAUCCUUUGGGAACAAUUGGCAGCAAAGAUAUGAGAAAAGCUGCUCAAGUUCUUGCAGUCAAUGAAAAAGAUGAAAUACAUGUGCUUAUUCGACCAUGGAUACGUAUUAAUGGAACCUUGAAUCGGCGAGUGUUAGAUCGUUUGUUAGGAGCUGUUUUGGGCCAUGCAAUGUAUCAACCAGGACAGACCCUUCAUUCCUUUGGGCGACGUUUUCAGCCAGCAUUGCAACCUGUUCACACCCGUGAAUUAAUUGAAGUAUACCUAAUAUAUAUUUUAUUAACAUAUUUAAUUCAUAUUUUAAUUGAUCUUAAUUCAUCAUUUUUACAAACUAAUAAUAUCCUACAUAAACUUGGUUGUAUAAAAUUGUUGGUGCGAAAGCAAAAACAAAAAGUAACAUUAUUUUCAAAGCCAGAACCUGUUGUCCUCGUUGAAGCUGAUGGAACUGAAGAUGAUCAGGAGAUUAUUAUAGAAAUUGAAGUUGAUGCAAUUAGUCGCCUUGGUCAGUUCAUUGGUGAAAAGUCAUAUAGUCAGGAUUUUAUGGCAGCUCAAGAGCAAAUGUUUUCUGGGCGGGGUCCCUCAGAAGAGAAGUCACGGAAGAGAAAAAUAGACUCUGCUGAUGAUCAUACUGAUUCUUCUACUGUUGAACCAGAUGGUUGUUCUGAAAAGAAAAAAAUGAAAAUGUGAUUGAGAUUGUAAAUAUGGGUUUAUAAAAUUGAAUGAAUGUUAUGUUCUGCAUUAUGUAAAUACAAUAUGAUUGAUGUGCAUAUUUUGUCAAAAUGACACUUUGUUUAUGAUUGUACAUAAAGGUAAGUAUUAAAAUUAAGUGGUGUAUUUAAAAGGAUCAGAAUUUUAACAUAUGCAGGAAAUGCACAAAAUCUGUAGAUGGAAUGAAGUAGACUUGUACACGAUUCAUCUCUGAUUAUCAAGAAAAUAUGUAACUUGUUUGGAAAUUAUUAAAUGUUAGUAUUUAUUGAGAGUGAAUGUUUGUAAACAUCUAAACAGCUUUUAAAUGGAAUAAAUAAAGAUGAUUAUUAUAUUAUUAUUCCAAUUUUAGUUUACCCUAGGACUAUGUAGUUGUUGCAAGUUGCUGCGUUGAAG